AUGACGGAGAACCACAAACUGCAAUGUCGUCGCAGCAAGCCACUUGAGCUUUUCUUCUCUCGCAUAGGUAUCGGUGAGAUGGAACCUAUGAUCAUCGAGGAAGCCAAACUCCUUGACGCUCGUGUACCCGAGCUUAGGGGAUCCGGCAAUGUCGUCCGGCUCGGCCAUAUGUUCUCUGUCUUUGCUGGAGAUAUUAUCGGCCGGAUCUGUUGUGAAUGCCCUCCUGACAUGAUGAAUAAUCCAGAGUUUGGCAAGAAUAUUAACUAA